GUGGGUCAAGGGUGAGAAGGGGGCGAGGCUGCUGUUACAGCGCCCCCUGCUUCUUCAGUAGGAAGGAAGUAAAGCAAUAAUAGCAGUGGCGAGGGCUGGAGCGACUGGCGAAGGAUGUGAACUGAUGAUGAGCACUGUCCAGUGCUAGAACUAACUGAAGAAGGUGCUAUUAGGAAUUCAGCAAAUAUGCUGUUUCAUGGAUUUUUGUUUCUACGUAGUUCAGCUUUUCUCUUUAAAUCUCGGGAAGAAAAUUGCCAAAGUAUCUCAGGGAAGCAGUAACCUGCAGGGUUCUUCUUUACGAAUGUAACAACUCAAAACAAUGGACAGAUGAUAUCAAUUAAACUGCAUUUGGCAGCUGACUUUAUCAAAGUAACAAGCAACUGCAUAAGCAGUGCCAGACUGCAAGGAUUUUUAUUCCUCUAGCCACUGGGAAUUAUGUACAGCGUCUCAGUUCGCAGAGUGACUAUAGUAUCUACGUAGAUUUCUUUAGAUUUGUAAUCAUGUCUGUUACUGCAACAGAGAGUGAUAUUCCUAAAUUUUUUGUGGGUAGUGAAGAUGCAGAUGAGCUUUUGGAUCAAAACAGAUCUGCAGAAUUUGAUUCCUUCUAUGAUCAUGAAGACGAAGACGAGGAAUAUGAUUCUCCACCAGAAAGACAAAUCGUGGUUGGAAUAUGUUCUAUGGCAAAGAAAUCAAAAUCAAAACCAAUGAAUGAAAUCCUUGAACGCCUUUCCAUGUUUAAAUAUAUCACAGUAGUAAUAUUUGAAGAAGAUGUGAUUUUGAAUGAACCCGUGGAAAACUGGCCUUUAUGUGACUGUCUCAUUUCUUUUCAUUCUAAAGGAUUUCCGUUGGACAAAGCAGUUGCCUAUUCAAAACUCAGGAAUCCUUUUGUUAUUAAUGACUUGAAUAUGCAGUAUCACAUACAAGACAGGAGAGAAGUUUAUGGUAUUCUUGAAGCUGAAGGUAUUUUGCUCCCUCGUUAUGCAGUUCUGAUCCGUGAUCCAAACAAUCCCCAAGAAUGCAAUUUGAUUGAAGGUGAAGAUCAUGUGGAGGUGAAUGGAGAAGUUUUCCAAAAACCAUUUGUGGAAAAGCCUGUCAGUGCUGAGGACCACAAUGUUUAUAUUUAUUAUCCAACAUCUGCUGGUGGUGGAAGUCAAAGGCUCUUUCGGAAAAUUGGCAGCAGAAGCAGUGUUUAUUCCCCUGAAAGCAGUGUGAGGAAAACUGGUUCGUAUAUUUACGAGGAGUUCAUGCCUACAGAUGGCACUGAUGUGAAGGUAUACACAGUAGGACCAGACUAUGCACAUGCAGAAGCUCGUAAAUCCCCUGCUCUGGAUGGAAAAGUAGAGCGGGACAGUGAAGGGAAAGAAGUUCGGUAUCCAGUUAUCCUUAAUGCAAGGGAGAAGCUUAUAGCUUGGAAAGUGUGCCUGGCCUUUAAGCAAACAGUUUGUGGCUUUGAUCUGUUGCGUGCAAGUGGACAGUCUUAUGUCUGUGAUGUUAAUGGCUUCAGUUUUGUCAAGAAUUCUAUGAAAUAUUAUGAUGAUUGUGCUAAAAUCCUUGGAAAUAUCGUAAUGCGUGAACUUGCUCCACAGUUUCAGAUUCCAUGGUCCAUACCUUUAGAAGCAGAGGAUAUUCCUAUUGUGCCAACCACAUCUGGGACAAUGAUGGAACUUAGAUGUGUGAUUGCUGUUAUACGGCAUGGAGAUAGGACACCAAAACAAAAAAUGAAAAUGGAAGUUAAACAUCAAAAGUUUUUUGAUCUUUUUGAAAAAUGCAAUGGAUACAAGUCUGGGAAGCUAAAACUAAAAAAGCCAAAGCAACUACAGGAAGUACUUGAUAUUGCAAGACAGCUUUUAAUAGAGCUUGGACAAAAUAAUGACUCUGAAAUUGAAGAAAGCAAAUCCAAACUUGAACAGCUGAAAACUGUGUUGGAGAUGUAUGGACAUUUUUCUGGCAUAAAUCGCAAAGUUCAGCUGACAUAUCUCCCUCAUGGUUGUCCCAAAACAUCUAGUGAAGAAGAAGAUAACCACAAACAGGAGCCAUCUCUACUCUUAGUUCUAAAAUGGGGAGGAGAACUGACACCUGCAGGCAGAGUUCAGGCAGAGGAACUAGGAAGAGCCUUCCGAUGCAUGUACCCAGGUGGACAAGGUGACUAUGCUGGAUUUCCAGGAUGUGGUUUACUUAGACUGCAUAGUACCUAUCGGCAUGAUCUCAAAAUUUAUGCUUCUGAUGAAGGCAGAGUUCAGAUGACUGCAGCAGCUUUUGCAAAGGGACUCCUGGCAUUGGAGGGAGAGCUCACUCCUAUUCUUGUCCAGAUGGUCAAAAGUGCUAAUAUGAAUGGGCUACUUGACAGUGACAGUGACUCUCUUAGCAGCUGCCAACAUCGUGUGAAGGCACGCCUUAAUGAAAUACUCCAGAGAGACAGAGACUUUACCUCUGAAGACUAUGAAAAGCUUACACCAUCUGGCAGUCUUUCUCUGAUAAAAUCAAUGCAAGUCAUUAAAAACCCUGUGAAGACAUGUGACAAGGUGUAUUCCUUGAUCCAGAGUUUGACAUCUCAGAUCAGAAGACGGAUGGAAGAUCCUAAGUUUGCAGAUAUUCAACUUUACCACAGUGAAACACUGGAGCUAAUGCUGCGUAGGUGGGCCAAGCUUGAAAAGGACUUUAAAACAAAGAAUGGAAGAUAUGACAUCAGUAAAAUCCCAGAUAUCUAUGACUGUAUUAAGUAUGAUGUCCAACAUAAUGUCUCUUUAAAACUAGAAAAUACAAUGGAACUAUAUAGACUGUCAAAGGCACUGGCUGAUAUUGUGAUACCACAGGAAUAUGGUAUUACUGCAGCUGAAAAACUGGAAAUUGCUAAAGGUUACUGCAAUCCAUUACUGAGGAAAAUCCGGUCUGAUCUUCAGAGAACUCAAGAUGAUGAUACUGUUAACAAGCUCCACCCUUUGUAUUCGAGUGGGGUUAUGUCUCCUGAACGUCAUGUCCGAACUAGGCUAUACUUCACCAGUGAGAGUCAUGUCCAUUCCUUACUGUCAACUCUUCGCUUUGGUUCUUUAUGUGAUGCAUCAAAAGAUGAACAGUGGAAACGAGCUAUGGAUUAUCUAAAUGUUGUCAGCGAACUCAAUUACAUGACCCAGAUUGUUAUCAUGCUGUAUGAGGAUCCAAACAAGGAGCUUUCAUCAGAGGAGCGUUUCCAUGUGGAGUUACACUUCAGUCCAGGAGCUAAAGGCUGUGAAGAAGAUAAAAAUUUACCAUCAGGUUUUGGAUAUAGACCUGCCUCACGGGAGAAUGAUGGCUCAAAGAAAACCUCCCAUAGAAAUGAAAGUGAUGAGGAAUCGCAUGCUUAUAAAAGGGAUGAAACUGAUCGAUCUAUAAUGAUGUUCAAGCCAUUGGUGUCAGAUCCAAUUCAUAUACACAGAAAGUCACCCCUUCCGAGACCCAGGAAAAUUGGUUCAGUGGAAGAAGAGAGCCCCCUGAGUGUGUCUAGCCCAGAGUGUAUUGGUACCUGGCUGCAUUACACCAGUGGUGUGGGUACUGGGCGUCGAAGACGCAGAUCAGGGGAACAAAUCACUUCUUCCCCUGUCUCCCCUAAAUCAUUGGCUUUCACAUCCAGUAUUUUUGGCUCAUGGCAACAGGUCCCAUCAGAAAACAACAGUCACUUCCGACCUCCAAGAACUAUUGUGGAACAAAAAACAAGCAGCAUAGGGUCUCACUGUGCGAGCCUGUUUAGCACUUCGGUGCUCGGGGGUUCUUCAAGUGCACCUAACCUACAGGAUUGUGCUCGUAUUCAUCGUAAAAAGCUGACUACUUCUGGCUGUAUAGAUGACACCACACGUGGUUCUGCUGUUAAAAGGUUUUCUAUCUCAUUUGCUCGACACCCAACCAAUGAACAUCCAGACCUCUUUAGGUGCUGGUCGAUUUCCUCUGAGGAAUUUCUAGGCGCCAGUGGCUUUGAAUUGUAUUCCAUGGUGCCUUCAAUCUGUCCUCUAGAAACUCUCCAUAACUCCUUAUCAUUAAAGCAGGUGGAUGAAUUUCUUGCCUCCAUUACUGCCUCUGCUUCGUGUGAAAAUUUUCAAGAGAUAUCCACAGCUUCUCUUUGUUCUCCAUCAUUUCUGGAUGCCAUGACAACAAGAAAAAACUCUUUAAAUACAUACACCCCUGCUAAAAUCCAACCAACACCAGUAGAAGACACUUUGGGUCGGCGAACUGUGGAGGAAAGCUUCCCAGGUACCAGUGGUCCUUCACCUCCUAUUUGAUAAUAUCACAAAAAGCCAAAAAAGAAUAAAAACAAUACUUGUAUAACAUUGGUGGUUAAACUCUCUGAGAAGAAAUGAAACAGUUCAAACAAAACUGGAAGGAGCUGCCAAUACCAUCUUUAGCAGUGUAUAUUUCUUUGUAGAAAAAUAAGUUAGCAUUAAAAGGCUAUUCAUUUCUUUCUGUAAGAAUGUUUCCUUGUAUAUAAAAUGAUUACUGAAGUGCAUAUAUAGUAUAUAUUCAGGAAAAGUGAUUUCUUUGUUUCUAAAGUAUGAAAAGCAAAGAAGUUUACAUGCAUAGUUUUAAGGAAAUUGUAAUCUUUAACAGACAAACUGCACAAAAUCUUUUCCGUCUUUGUUGUCCUAAAUACACACACCAAAAUAGCCUAACACACUGGUUUGUAUUAUAGGAGCAGCUAGUAAGGAAACAGGAGAAGAGUGGAAAAAAACAAAACUUCCCUUUUGCCUUGAAGUAGACCUUAAGACCGGGACAAGAAAACUUAGGCUAAUUAACAGGGUUCUACUAGCUGCCUUUUUGAAUGCCAAUCCCUGAAAACAGCUGUCAGUGAUUCUUUCCCCUGUGGUAUAAAUGCACAAUAGAUCUUGAUAAAUGAAAAGUACCCUUGGAAGAUACAGGCAGAUGCACAGACACAAAUGCCCCACUGUAGGGACCAUUACCCUAAAAAUGAUGAGUCAGAUACUUUGAGCCACUUAAGUACUGAUAUAAUAGUUGCAGCAUUAGACAGGUGUUAUUAUAACACGUUAAACUAAUUUCACUGAGAGUAUUUGUUGGAGCCUGGCUCUAGUUUGUGAAAAACAGCAUAAAACAGUAAUAUGAAAUGGUCAAACCUGUUACUUCCUUGGAAAUAACUUCCUAGGAAACUGUCAAGGCUCAGAACAACCAAAGGCUGAUGAACUUGGAAUCUUUAAAAAAAAAAAAAACCUUUACAACACCAGAGCCAACAGUUUCACAGCAAAAUUUUACUUCUAAUUUUACUUCUAAUUCUAAUUCUGAAAGGCUUGAUAAUGCCCCAGCAUCAAAGUUAAAGAACUCCCUGUGAUCUGUGUCACUUAAUUUUCUCCUUCAACAGUGGCUCUGAUGAGAAACAAGACAUUAGUCUUGACAUCACUCCACAGUAGUCCUGUAGUCUGGCAGAGUUAGGGUUAGUAUUUCAAUUUUAUACCAGAGCCAAAAAUAUUUUCUGAUUCCUACCCCAGUUUAGACAUGGCUUCUGCAAAUACCUCUUCCUUGCUGUUACUUUAAUGGAGAUGUAGGGAGACACAUUAUUACAAUUCUGAUACUGCUGAGGCAGUUAAAGGUAUCUAUUGCAUUGUAUUUGUGGGUGAAGAGCUAAUUAUUAAUAUGUUUCCUAAACUGACACCUGGCACACUCAGUCUUGGCCUGGGAGCAUCUCUUAUUUAAAUACAUUUCCAAAGAGAGCAUUUGUUUUGCUGUUGAAGUUAAAAAAAUAAUCUAUUUGAAUGUAGGUACAGUGGAGUACAGAUAGCAUGUCCUUUAAUUUCCAUGUUUUUUGUAUGUUUACACCAGACCUUUGACAUUCAAAUAUGCUUUGGUUGUUAGUUUCUGUGCUUUAUGGGGUCCUAUCCUAAAAGUAAUUUCCUGUUUACGUAUUUCUAAAUGCCUUCUUCACAAAUUUCUGAAGAAUACCGCUUACAGCAUACAGUAGUUCAUGUGUGGAUAACAGGGCCUUACAAAAGCAGAAACAGCUGGCCUGUUAAUAUUCCAUGCUGGAAGCUUUACAUACUGUAUCUGCAGAUGAUAUUACUUCUCAUGUAAAGAAAUUGUAGCAUUCUUAAACCUGCAUAAUUACCGUUUCAGCACUGAACACUUGGGCAUAAACCCAUACAGCUAAUGUCUAUCAUUGUUCUUUUAAUCUUUACUGUUAUGAGACAGUGGUUAAAGACAGUUUAAGAUUUUUAUUAGUGCUACCAAAAUUUUGAGAAGUUCAUAUUGUGUUUAAUAUAUAUUUAAAUUUGUCAUUUGUCCUAAGAUUUCCCUUAGUACCUGAUGAUGAUUAUUGAAUGCCUUUUAUUUUCAUUAUAUGAUAUUUACAGACGGUUGGGUACAGACUUAGUCAUGGUUUAGACCCAUUGCAAUCAGUGCUAUUUAAUUAACAUCGUAUAUAUCUCAGUGAGUCUACUCUCAGCAUGACUAAGUCUGGAUUUAACCCAGGGAUUAAUACUAAUGUGAUUCUCAUGAACAGCAAUAUUUUCCUGUUAAAUUUCAGGAGACCUAACUUCAAAUACAAUUGUUAAGAAAAAAGGUUCUUAUUCUCAUUAUAGCAAUUCUCCUUGAAGGUGUACUUGCUUAUUAAACUUGCCAUAGCAUUGCUGUGCAUAUUUCAUAUGAGGUCGUAUGAGAAAUUCUUCAGUACUAUUUAAGAUACCAAAUGUAUAUGGGCUUCGCAACUUCUCAUUGCAAGCAUUUCAUUUUCUGUAAUGUAAAUUUAUAACAUGGACAACGUUUGUCUUGCUCACUUCUGAAUGUAUAUGUCAUGUUUACGGUUUUCUAUAAGAAAAUGUUACAAUUUAAGUGUGCAUAUCAUUCCAGUCAACCAAAGCUUUGGCAUAAAAUGUUGAUGUGCUCUUAAAUAAAAUAGUCAAUAGCAACAUGUAGUGUCUAUUCUGCUUGUUCUCUAAUACGGAAUUAUUUUCUCUUUA